GCAACUCAGGGAUGUUUGCCGGCACAAUGUUGCCCUACAGAGCACUACCCUCCCGACGCUUGCUGUGUGUGCUGACCUCCUGCCGACCAGCUCCUGAGACACACGUGGCCCUGGGGGCCCCUUCAGACAGAACAACCCCUGUGUUUACACGAGCACUGCUCUUUAGGGACAGAACUGCCCUGGUGGACCAGCACGGCCGCCACACCUACAGAGACCUGUACCGCCGCAGCCUCCAGCUGUCCCAGGAGCUGUGCAGACUCCGCGGCAGCCAGGAUCUACGGGAAGAGCGCGUGUCCUUCCUCUGCUCCAAUGACGCCUCCUAUGUGGUGGCUCAGUGGGCCUCAUGGAUGAGUGGUGGCAUUGCUGUUCCCCUCUACCGGAAGCACCCUGCAGCCCAGCUGGAGUACUACAUCCAGGACUCACAGAGCUCCGUGGUGGUGGCCAGCCCAGAGCACAUGGAGCUCCUGAGCCCGGUGGCCAGGAAGCUGGGGAUCCCGCUGCUGCCCCUCUUGGGCUCCAUGCACACUGGGAUAGCAGAGGGGACAGCAGAGGAGCAGGUGCAGGCACGGGAGUGGAGACAUCGUGGCGCCAUGAUCAUGUACACCAGCGGGACCACCGGGAAGCCCAAGGGAGUGCUUCUCACCCACAGCAAUCUCCAGGCCAUGGUGAGCGGCCUAGUGCGCUCGUGGGCCUGGACUAGAGACGACGUCCUGCUGCAUGUCCUCCCGCUGCACCACAUGCACGGGGUGGUCAACAAGCUGCUCUGUCCACUGUGGGUGGGAGCCACCUGUGUGAUGCUGCCGGACUUCAGCGCCCAGCAGGUCUGGGAGCAGUUCUUGGGUGCCGAGACCCCGAAGAUUACUGUGUUCAUGGCUGUGCCCACCAUCUACAGCAAGCUGCUGGAUUAUUACGACACACACUUCACCCAGCCGCAUGUCCGUGACUUUGUGCGUGCCGUGUGCAAGGAUAGCAUCAGGCUGAUGGUGUCUGGCUCUGCUGCUCUGCCCAUCCCUGUGCUAGAGAAGUGGAGACACGUCACGGGCCACACCUUGUUGGAGCGCUAUGGCAUGACUGAGAUUGGCAUGGCCCUGUCCAACCCUCUGGCCAUGGACGGUCGCAUGCCAGGCUCGGUGGGGACCCCGCUGCCUGGAGUGGAGGUGCGCAUUGUUUCAGAGAGUCCACAGGAGGGCCGGCCCCAUGCCGUCUACGCACAGGGGGAUGAGCGGCAGACCCAGGUGACCCCUGGCUUUGAGGAGAAGGAAGGGGAGCUGCUGGUCCGGGGACCCUCCGUGUUUCGAGAAUACUGGAACAAACCGGAAGAAACGAGAAGCGCGUUCACCUUGGAUGGCUGGUUUAAGACAGGUGACACUGCCGUGUUUAAGGACGGCAGGUACUGGAUCCGUGGCCGCACCUCAGUGGACAUCCUCAAGAGCGGAGGCUACAAGGUCAGCGCCCUGGAGGUGGAGCGGCACCUGCUGGCCCACCCCAGCAUCAGAGAUGUGGCUGUGAUCGGAGUUCCUGACAUGACAUGGGGCCAGCGUGUCACAGCUGUGGUGGCCCUUCAAGAAGGACACACACUGUCCCACGGGGAGCUCAAGGAAUGGGCCAGGAACGUCCUGGCCCCAUACGCCGUGCCCACGGAGCUGCUGCUGGUGGAGGAGAUCCCGCGGAAUCAGAUGGGCAAGGUGGACAAGAAAGCCCUGCUCAGACGCUUCUACCCCGCGUGAGCAUAGCAGCACCAAGGCCUGACGCUGAGGAGGUGUCCCCGUGGCCCCCC